AUGGGUGUAAGAGCAUCGAAAGAGCGCGAUGAGGUCGAUAAAGCCUUUCGUACGGCAGCUUCAGAGGGUCAUCUUGAUGUAGUUAAGUUUUUCGUUGGUAAAGGAGCACAGAUUGAGAAGCCUAAUAAACAUUUUGGUGCGACGGCUCUCCUCUUAGCAUCAGCUCGCGGUCACCUUCAUGUAGUUAAGUACCUCGUUGGUAUUGGAGCACAGAUUGACACGUGUGAUAUUACGUAUGGUGAUACACCACUUCACACUGCAUCAAGCCAGGGUUACCUCGAUGUAGUUCGGUACCUUGUCAGUCAAGGAGCACCGAUAGAGAAGGUUAAUGCAAAUGGUUGCACCCCACUUCUUAUUGCAGCAGGUGAGGGUCGUCUUGAUGUAGUUGAGUACCUCUUUAGUCAAGGAGCAAAUGGAGAGGCGACCAAUAUUCAUGGUACGACAGCACUUAUUGGUACAUCGGAGAAUGGUCACCUCGAUGUAGUUCAGUACCUCGUUGGUCAAGGAGCAGAGUUAGAGAGGGGUGAGGAGGAUGGUAUGAGACCUCUUCAUGUUGCAUCAAUCAAUGGUCAUCUUGGUUUAGUUCAGUACCUCGUUGGUCAAGGAGCAGAGUUAGAGAGGGGUAAUAAAGAUGGGUCAGCAAGUGUUUCUGAGGCGUCCACCGCGAUGGCAUCAAUGAGUUUGAACGUCGUUACCGAUGACAGUGUUAAUCAGGAAGAUGCAGAGAGGGUGACGUACGAACAUAUCAAGAACUUGUCAAAACUACUCGGUAUAAAUCAUUUCGACCCGAUUUGCGAAGCCUUUAGCUUUGAUCGCAAAAGUUCACUGAACCUCUUAGACGAGAACGAUUCCGAUUACAGUGCAACCUUCGAGCAACUACUGAGCGGAUGGAAAUCAGGUAAGAACCUGAACGACCUGGACAAGUUACUGAAGGAAUCAGGAAUUAGAUUAACAUCGUCUUACAAAAAAAAUACUCAAAAGUAA